AACACUUGUAGGACAAUGCACGUGUAAUUAAGAGAGAGAGAGAGAGAGAGAGAAAGAUAGUGUGUACUAGACUUUGAAUAGACUCCCUUAAGAAGAGGGGGAAAGGAAUUAUUUUCCUAGAAACAUUCCCUUCAGAAUUUAAUUGGCAAACAACACAUACACCUUGUUGUUGACCAAACUACACACCUCAGUGCCCCAGUCUUCUGAAUAACCCUCUUUUCAUAUUCUCUAAGGUCACAAUAUGGCAUAGAAUUUAUGCUACACCAAAACUAGAAGAUCCAGCUAGCUAACAAUUAGAAGAUAAGACCAAAGAAAAAACCAAAAUCAAGGUGUGGUUUUUCAAAAACCAAAUUCAAAUCAUCAAUAAAAAGGGGGGGUAUGGAAGGAGGAGAGAGAGGUGUUAAUCCCAAUAAUUAUGAGCUCCAAGUUUCAUUCGCAAACACCCCUCAAGCCAUCCAUGAAAUGGGUUUUGUUCAAUUUGAAGAAAACCAGGUUCUUAGCUUCUUGGCACCCUCUGCUCAAUCCCAAUCUUCUCAGCUCUCUCAAUCUCUAAACGCCGGCAACGGUGGCAGCAAUACUGCUGUUGCUGCCGCUACCACAACCGCCACCGCCACCACCUCCGGAUCCGGAGCAACAAUUGGUUUCAGCCAUAAUGACCUUGUAUCCAGAACUUGUUGGAAUAAUAAUGAACAGGUGCGAACACUGGAUCCCAAAGCUGUCAAUGAUGAAAAUUGCACCGGAAAUACUAGUGAUGGUGGCAACAACUCAUGGUGGAGAAGUGCUGGCUCAGAGAAGAACAAGAUGAAAGUGAGGAGGAAGCUGAGGGAGCCACGGUUUUGUUUCCAAACAAGAAGUGAUGUAGAUGUGCUUGAUGAUGGUUAUAAAUGGAGGAAGUAUGGUCAGAAAGUUGUCAAGAAUAGCCUUCACCCAAGAAGUUACUACCGCUGUACCCAUAACAACUGUAGGGUGAAGAAAAGAGUUGAACGACUCUCUGAAGAUUGUCGUAUGGUAAUAACUACCUAUGAAGGCAGACACAACCACUCUCCUUGCGAUGACUCAAAUUCAUCGGAACAUGAAUGUUUCACCUCUUUUUGAACAAUGUCGUUUCAAUAAUUAUUAUGUAUUAUUAAUAAUUAAUUAGCUGUACGUGACAUUUUCAUGAAGGAUAUUGCAUUGUACUUAUAUUGUUACUAUUUGUUAUUGAGCUCAGUCACUCUUUCAUGGAUGAACUCAUUUGUCUAUAAAAAUUAAAAAAGUUCUUUA